AUGGGUCUUGCCAUUCUCAGCACCAACAAAAAAAGUCUACCAUUGAACCUACCGAUUGUCACGCAGCCGAUUAAGCGGUCUUCCGCAACUCUAGCAAUCACCCCUGCUGUGACGACUCCUGCUAUCCCAAAGGGACCUCCUGCUCCAUGGCGAGACCAGUUAGGCCAGCCUCCUCUACUCUCUGAGGCAGACACACCAGAAAAAGUCGCCGCUUGGUUGGCUUUUCACCAGGCCAAAUGGCGCCUGCAGCAAGAGCGUCGGUCUUGGCUAGCUGAGCGGAGCCGGAAGCGAAAACGCCUGGAGGAAGAAGCCGAGUCAGAUGAACUAGAUGGUUUCAUUCAAGGUGAAGGCCCCGACUGGCUCCAGCCGGCUUCUAAAAGGCAACGUGGAAUGGACACUUACUUAUUCAAGACUCGCUCCGCCCUUUUAAAGUCAUAUUGGCAGGUUCGUCGAUGGGUUACUCUUCUAUAUGAGGGAUUAAAUGUAUGCAUAUGCUUGCCCGGCUAA